AUGUCAAGAUUUCGUGCCAACACUAUGGAAUCUGACAACCUGAGACGCUUGGACCACGCACUGGUCAAGUUCCACUCGUACAAGCGGAACAACACUUCCAAAACAAACAUCCUACGUCUCUCGCUGCUUCCCUUCCUCAGAAACACCAGCACGCCUUGGUCCGCGCACAGGCUCGAUGCGGUCGACAAGACCUCCAGGACCCAGUUCCUGGAGCUCGCCGUCGUGCUGCUGCGCUGGUGGAAGGCGCUUCUGGCAGCAGUCAAGGAGCUGCAUCAGAUGACGUCCAUCGACAGAAACUGCUACUUGGAGGCGAUUUCCCGAAUCGUCGGGCGCCAAGAGUGGCUGGAGAUCUCCAAGGACCCGAACUCUGAGAUCUACAAACAGCACAACACACAGCUACUCGAGACGUUCGAGUUCUGCAUAGCAAGGCUCGACGUCAAGAAUAUCAACCUGCCCAUCAACGCUUUUGUCGGCAAAAUCUUUGCGCAUGCGUUCGUGAAGCUGCCCGACCUCUCCCGCGGCAUCCUGUUCCUGCUCAACUCCAGGGUCAAAAAUUUCAAGGAGUACUACGACCUGAUAGUUCGAGAAAAAUCACCUCACCAGUCUGUUCCGGGCCGUGAUAAAAAAUACUUUGAGGAUGUCAUCAGCGCCUCUCUGUCGCAUUUCCCCCAACACCUACAUCCGCUCAUGAAGUCUGCCGAGCAGCCUCGGCAGACCAGGUACAAACUGGAAAACAAGCUUCUGAACUCGAUGACACCGCCAUCUGCCAAAAUCACAGGAAUCAGCGACCCGCGCGGGCUUUGGUGCACCAGGUGGUCGUCCCUCGAGAACAUUGACCUGUUUUGUUCAUUUUUCCGUCACUAUCUUACGCUUAUCUCAUUUUAUGUGCAACAAACUAAAUCGCUUUCCGCUCAGGAGGUUUACGCCCUCCCAGGCUUUGCAUAUCUGAUUACUCACAUUUUCGAAAUUGUCGAUUUCCAGAUCUUCCAGGCCGUGCAACACACAAGCAGCCAGUCUACAGAGUCGCAGGUCGACAAGUUACUGAAGCUGCUCCGCGACUUCCUGGCGAACGCACGCCACGAAUUCGAGCCUAGUCUCAGAAACGGUGUUCUAAAGUGCUUCGACACUGUAUUCAAACUGGUUUUCUACAAGACCACCAUUUUCCAGACAGAGAGAAUUGACCUCUGUUUCGACAUAUGGGUCAGAUUCGUGAGAAGCAUAGACGAGACAAACUCGUACGCCACCCAGGACCUAGACUGGAAAUUCUGGAUCGAUACAAUUUGCAAGAUGCUCAACUCGGAGUUCAUCAACAGCGAACUCAAGGCGCUCUCCGUGUUGUAUCAGAUCUGGGACUAUCUUCCAUCCAGCACGCCACCACAGGCAGAAUGGGUUUCUAAUCCCAACGACACACUGAAAUACAACAUGAUAUUAUAUCUCACAGGGGCGGACAACUGGUCCAAGUUCUUUGGUCACUACCUGCCCUUGGUGAGAUGCUACUAUAUCACUUUGAUGGUUUGGAAAGUUUUGGGUCUGGAGUCUCUACAUCUGAGUGCCAAGGGCAGCUUCACCGAUGUUAUGACAGGAAAAAAAGUCCAAGCGAUCAUACAGACACGUUUGGACCAAAGUUACAGUGCUUCAGAGAAGAUUCCAGUGGUUCCUACCGACCCGCUUUUGAAUAAGAAACUGGCUAUUGUGAGCGCGGGACCUAGAGACGACCCGUCCAAGAGAGACAUUGUCAGGUCGCAUCCUUACGAAAUUCUGGAUGAUGCAAUUUACACGUGUGCGAACCUGUCCGUGGGCAACUCGACCACCAGUCUUUCUUCCUCUGCCUCGUAUGCUUCCACAACAUCCAUGACGAGCAAGAGAUCAAAGCUAGCAAGCCACUGGGUCUCAAAAUUUUUCAAGAAGAAGGACAGCGACGAAGACUCCAAACAGCCAGAAUCCGCAAACAUCCCUCCGCCAAUGGCUGCGUCAGGGCACUCGGCCUUCUCCUCUCAAAGCUCGCUUCUGCCUCCAUCAACUUCUUCGUUGACACUGUCGUCGAAAUCCUCAUCGCCAAGCAUUCUUUCUUCUGCUACCACAUACAGUUCGCCUCAGUCAUCUUUGUCUUCGGUGGAGUUUAUUGACACCAACAACGAGCCCAACAACAGACAAAGACUCCCCGUCGAGUUGUCGAUGAGACCUCCAGAACUGGGCAAACCAAUCUACAAGUUCCAGCUGGUGGUCAACGAGAACAAAAUCCAUGAGUCUCUCAAACAGUUGCAAGACUUUAAUGUCACAAAGUUCAACAACGAAGAGUCGCAGUGUUAUAACGCAAGACCCAAACUUCCGGCACUUGGGCUAGAGAUCUGUGGUGGAAGUAUCUGCAGUGAUGACGAUAUAGACAUGGAUUCUCAAGACUCGAAAAGCUUGGAUUUCCAGUUCAGGUCUACCAUGCCUGUGGACAUGGGCGAACUCGUUCUCACGCCGCUUCCUUCCAAGGCGACGUACACGAAUGCAAUUUAUGAGUACAACAAGAUUGCUCACGAGUUUGAGCAAUUUGUCAAGCAAAGAAUCAACUCUGCCUCUGGAACGAGUACUCCGACAGAUGCUGCACUAUAUUUAUUCAGCGACAGUCUGGCUGUCUCCAUUCCGGUGCUGCUUUCGGAGGCCCCCGAAAAGCCCAACGCGUACUGA